UGUGCACUUUACUUCAGUUUCGCUUCAGUGUACACACUGAAAUACUACACGCUUUUAACACUUUGUUUUCACCCGUAGCAUAUCAUUCUAAGUCGCACUGAGAAGAAACCCGCAAUCGAUUUAUCAUUUUCUUGCUAAAUAUAACAACUGGGAACACGGCAUUGUUCUCUUAUUACAACGCAAACCUGGCGAUACCUAUUCUCAGCCUGUCUUUUACACGUCGCAGUUCCGGGUCUCUCUGCAGGUUGGGAUAGUGACUAUGGAAGUAUGAGCGACGCGCUGGAGUUGAAGCCUAUUCAAGUUGUCUGUGGUGACAACAACCUCUCGAACGACCAAACGAUUGAGAAAUGUUCACAGGUGAUUCCAGGUGCUUGCUCCCCUCUGCUAUCACCAACACAGGUCACUGAGAACAAUAACAAACAGCACCUCCAUGUGGACAUCGAUACUGACUCUCCAAGUCAACCCAAGUUGCAGAGGGAGCUUCAGAAGGUCAAGAGAGAACUGAAUGAGGUGGUGGUGUGGAAACUCAAACUAUGGAUGUUGAUACUUAUCAUCUUUAUUGCCAUUGCUCUGGUUAUUGGAAUCUCAAUCAUUGUGUGUGCAGUUGGUCAUGAUGAUGAGGAUGAAAAAUAUGACAAAUCAUCAUUUGUGGUGGCGCGCUACUUCAGAGGGAAUUUCACUGUGGACGCUAAAAGUUUUACUUCAGACACUCCGGACGAAGGGACUAUGAUAGAACUGAAAAAGCAGCUGACAGGAGUCUACAAUUCUUCUCCUGCAUUGGAGCGGUACUUCUCCAGUGUCACCAUUAUCAAUCUCAAGAACACCACAGUUCAGUUUAAGCUAGAGUUCAUGAUGCCCUUAGAACAUGAGGAGUUGAUACGCUACAUUUUGAGUCUAAAGAUGGUUAAAAAUGUUCUGCUUCAACACUUGUAUGAUCGAGACGCUGGAGACCCUUUCUAUAUCAUACCAACAUCACUCCACAUGGAAGAUGGGUAGAUGAGGAAAAUUGAGAUGGAUUAUUGGAAUUCAACCACUGGUACUUUCAGAAAAUAACAUGUUUUUUACUGCCUUUUGCACUCUUUAGCAGAUGUAAUAGUAAUAAUAGUUUUUGUAUUAUUAUUAUUAUUAUUAUUAUUAUUAUUAUUAUUAUCAUCAUCAUCAUCUCAUCAUCAUCAUCAUCAAAAUUUAAUAAUAAUAAAAAUAAUGAUGAUAAUAAUACAUAAUAUUAUUCACCAGUAAUAAAUAACUGUCUUGGGUUCAUUUCAAUAUCAGCAUUCAUAUAUUUUACACACAAAAAUGACUUUUUAGAUAUUCAGAGUAAAAUAUUGUUUUGUUAUUGUUAAUACGAUAUUUUAAAAUGGAUGUAUCCUAACAAGAAACAGAAUAUGAAAGUUCCCAGCCUGUUCAGUUAUGAUGUUAACUUACAUGUUGCUCCAGGAUGAAUUACUAUUAUAAUUCUGUGUACUGUACAUUUAUUAAUUGAAUAUUGGACAGCGUUUUUAAAUGCUGUGGGACAGUUCAUUGUAUAUGAGUUGUUGUGUUUUUUUUUUUUUAAAUGCUUCUUUUAAAUAAAAUUUGUGCUCUCAAAAGUUCUAUAAUGAAACUAUUCUACUGUAUUUCUACAUAUUAAAAAACAAACAAAAAAAGCAAUUAUCGGUACUUUAAUGUAGAUGCUUAAGGUCAAAUGUGUAUUUUAUAGGUCACCAGCUCAGCUGUUUUUGUACUUUUUUUUUUUCAUUUCUUAAUUUAAAAAAAAAAAUGUAAUGCUGUGUGUAAUUCUAGACUAUAUAAUUAGUAGUCAAACAUGAAAAAUGCAUUUAUACUGUACAUAUACUAAUGAAACUUGUCAUAAUACAUAUGUCCUUAUUUGGCUUUUGUUAUUA